AUGGCGCCGGGCAGCGGGGGCGGGGGCCUGGGCCCGGGCCCGGCGGGAGGACGGGCCCGAGGGCGCCUCCUUCUGGUGGCGCUGGGGCUGCUGCUCUGGGUCCGGGGUACCUGGGGCCAGGACGAGCCCAAAAUCUUGGGCAUGAGGCUGGUAGGCUGCAACAAGACGUGCGGGACUAACCCCGAGGGCAUCCUCUUCGCCUCCGAGGGCAGCCAGGUGAGGCUGAAGCUGUAUGGCCUCAACCUGGACACCUUCAGCCUUGGCCAAAUCACCUUCACUGAGCUGGAGACCAUGCAGGAUGUCCACCAAUCCAACUUCUGCACCGGGGUCACCAAGGACCUGGUGGUCCACCAACUGGUCAACCUGAGUAGAGACAACUCGAACGCUUUGCUGAUCCUGGAAACCAAGUACCUAAGGAGGAGUGAGAAUUCGAGGCUUUAUGGUCUGUGUACCUGGAGUGGGGGGAAAUGGUUAAGGUGGCCCGGGAAGGACGCCUUGCUCUUCCUCUUGGAGGAUGAGCCAAAGUUCCUGCCCCUCUGGCUGCACAUUGUACUUGUCUUGGUGCUGCUGGUGCUCUCUGGCAUCUUCUCUGGCCUCAAUCUAGGUCUCAUGGCCUUGGAUCCCAUGGAGCUAAGGAUCAUACAAAAUUGUGGCAAGGAGAAAGAGAGAAGGUAUGCCCGAAAGAUUGAGCCCAUUCGAAGGAAGGGGAACUAUCUUCUCUGUUCCCUGCUUUUGGGCAACGUGCUGGUCAACACUUCCCUCACAAUCCUUUUGGAUAGCCUGCUUGGCUCUGGAGUGGUGGCCGUGGCCUCCUCCACUAUUGGCAUUGUCAUUUUUGGAGAGAUUGUGCCCCAGGCAAUAUGUUCCCGGCAUGGCUUGGCUGUAGGGGCCAACACAAUCAAUGUCACUAAAUUGUUUAUGCUUCUCACCUUCCCCUUAAGUUUUCCAAUCAGCAAGAUUUUGGAUUAUGUUCUUGGUCAGGAGAUUGGUACAAUCUACAACAGGGAAAAGCUGAUGGAGAUGCUGAAGGUGACUGAGCCAUACAAUGAUCUGGUGAAGGAGGAGCUCAAUAUGAUCCAGGGUGCCCUGGAACUAAGGACCAAAAUGGUGGAGGAUAUCAUGACCCAGCUCCACGAUUGUUUCAUGAUCAGAAGUGAUGCUAUCCUGGACUUUAACACUAUGUCAGAGAUUAUGGAAAGUGGGUACACCCGCAUCCCAGUCUUUGAGGAGGAACAGUCCAAUAUUGUAGAUAUCCUCUAUGUCAAAGACCUGGCAUUUGUGGACCCAGAUGACUGCACUCCUCUGAAAACCAUCACCCGCUUCUACAACCAUCCAGUUCAUUUUGUCUUCCAUGACACCAAACUGGAUGCCAUGCUAGAGGAGUUCAAAAAGGGGAAGUCACAUCUGGCCAUUGUGCAGAAGGUGAACAAUGAGGGUGAGGGCGACCCUUUUUAUGAAGUCUUGGGAUUGGUGACUCUGGAAGAUGUCAUUGAGGAGAUCAUCAAAUCAGAAAUCCUGGAUGAGUCUGAUACGUACAUUGACAACCGGAGCCGAAAACGAGUAGGCAAUCAAAGGAACAAGCGAGAUUUCUCAGCUUUCAAGGAUCCUGACAAUGAGAUGAGAGUGAAAGUCUCCCCCCAGCUGCUUCUGGCUGCUCACCGAUUCCUGGCCACAGAGUUGCCCCUAUUCAGUUCCUCAAUGAUGUCUGAGAAGAUCCUCCUUCGUCUGCUAAAGUACCCAGAUGUCAUUCAAGAGCUGAAGUUUGAUGAACGCCAUAAACUUAGUGCCCGGCAUUACCUAUAUGUUCAAAACAAAUCUGCUGACUACUUCAUCCUCAUAUUACAGGGAAAGGUGGAAGUGGAAGCUGGGAAGGAGAACAUGAAGUUUGAGACAGGUGCAUUCUCCUACUAUGGGACCAUGGCACUUACUACUCCUCUUAACAUAGGUGGAGAUACCAACAAGGGAAGCUUCUGUUCUGGACCUGAUUCAGACCAACAAGAAAGAACUGGUUUCUUGAGUGGAAAUGAUGGGAACCUUGGGGACCGUUCCAUGUCCUACCCAGGUAACCUCAGCCGUUCAUCUUCCCUCCACUAUCAAGAUCGAACAGAUAGCUUGAUUUCUUCUAUAAACCCCGCUACUGCCAGCAACUCGUUAAACCAGUAUGUCUCAGACUUCAGUGUCCGGGCUCUCACAGAUCUGCAGUAUGUUAAGAUCACACGGCAGCAGUAUCAGAAUGGGUUGAUGGCCACAAGAAUGGAGAGCUGCCCCCAGACUCCUGUAGACAAUGUCACUGCUGAAGGCUUCUUGUCAGAGAAGUCAGAUCUGCAGAUAACUGAUGAGACUACAAGCCUUCUCAAUGAUCGAAAUGUUCAUCUGAACAAGACCACCCACAACUCCUGUGAGAGCCCCAUGUGACAGGGGGGCCCGGGGCCCCCCACCAAUCCCUUGGGGGCCUCCCUAGUGGGCCCACAUCCACAGAGGGAGCGGAGCAGACAGGGGAGCAUGGCCCUGGCCACUCCCUUGAUAACCUGUCUGGCUCUCCAAGCAGAUGUUCCCUAGCCUGUCCUAGGCAAGGAGAAGACGUUGCCCUUCCACAGGGAGCCUUCGAGGAGCUUCCAGGGAAUACAGGUUGCCUGGAAUUUCUGUAGGAUUGCCUGGGUAGUACUGCCCAGAGGCAGAUCCCGGGAACAGUUGGGAAGAGGCAGGGAUUUUUUUUUUU